CCCGCCCGCGACCGCCGCGCCGCACCUGAGCGAGCAGUGGCGGCUCCGAGCCGGCCCCGACCCUGGCCCCCUCCGCCUCCCGCCCAUGGCUCGGCCGCUGCCGCUACUGCUCUGCCUGGCCGCGCUGGGCGCCGGCUGCCGGGCAGGGACCACCCCCGCCGGCACGGCCGGACCCUCCGCCGAGCCGCUGCAGGACGAGGCAGACAACCAGGAGAACAUCCUCUCCCAGCUGUUAGGUGACUACGACAAGGUGAAGGCGGUGUCCGAAGGCUCCGACUGUCGGUGCAAAUGCCUGGUCAGACCCCUGGGCCGUGGUGCCUGCCAAAGGAUUAAUGAAGGCGCUUUCAAAGCAGAGGAUUUUUACACAGUGGAAACCAUCACGUCAGGACCCAGCUGCAAGUGUGCGUGUGUGGCCCCCCCCUCGGCGCUCAAUCCUUGCGAGGGGGACUUCAGGCUGAAGAAGCUGCGGGAAGCGGACAGCAGCGACCUCAAGCUGUCUUCCAUUGUUGAGAUGCUGGAAAGUGCCUUUUAUGGCUUGGACCUCUUGAAGUUGCACUCAGUUACAACCAAGCUGGUGGGUCGAGUGGAAAAGCUUGAAGAGAGCAUGUCCAGGAACUUCACACAGGAAAGCCACCAGGCAGGAGACAACGUGGAGGAGAGUCUGCAGGAUCCCCACCGAAGGAGCAGGGAGAACUGCUCCAGCCUCAUCAGCAACAGCCUUGCCGACAUCGAGGGCUCGCUGCAGAGGGAUGCUGAGGCUGCCUACGUGCACACAGAGGGCAAAUAUGAAGAGAGAUUCCUGAAAGAUGAAACCAUCUCACAGCAGAUCAACUCUGUUGAGUCCCUGCCAGAGCUGCACCUCACUGCAGAGGACGAGAAGCACAAGCAGCUCUUUCAGAGGAAGCUACAUGUGAGGAGCCGGCCUCCUUCCAAGCCCACCAUCGUUCGAGGGGUCACCUACUACAAAGCCCAGUCCACCGAGUCGGAGAACGACAUUGAGGAGCAGGCAGAUGAGCUGUUUAGCGGGGACAACACAGUGGACCUGCUGAUCGAGGACCAGCUCCUAAGGCCUAGCAGCAGGGAUGGGGAGAGGGUGAGGAGGCCCUCCCCUGUGGGGUGGCCGCCCACUCCCGACAGCGACCUCACCACUCUGCCAGCCGCUGACACUGCUGCGACAGCCACGGUGCCCCUGUCCCCUGCCACGUCUGUGGAGCCCACGCCAGACCCCACCACUGUGAGCCAGCUGACUCCCACCCCGGAGAACACGACUGCCCUGGUGGAGGAGGGAACCCAGCAGCUAUUGGCAGCCUCAGCCAGCACGGUGGUGGCCACAGCCAUGGAGACCCUGCCCACAGCUGUCACUGCUGUCCCCAGCCUUGCCGUGGCCACCGCUGUGGGGACCUUGCAGGAUGUAGAGACAGGUGCUGCCAUGGAGAGCAGCCCAGAAGCCUGGGGACAGUCAAGCACCCCUAUGACCCCAGUCAGCUCCACCAUCCCUGCCACCCCAAAACAGGCCUUAGAGGAGGAGGACAUCAGGAACAUCAUUGGGCGCUGCAAGGACACACUGUCCACCAUCUCGGGGCCCACCACCCAGAACACCUAUGGGCGCAACGAGGGGGCCUGGAUGAAGGACCCCCUGGCUCGGGAGGAACGGAUCUAUGUUACCAACUACUACUAUGGGAACACGCUGGUGGAGUUCAGGAACCUCGACAACUUCAAGCAAGGGCGCUGGAGCAACUCCUACAAGCUCCCGUACAGCUGGAUUGGCACAGGGCACGUCGUCUACAACGGCUCCUUCUAUUACAACCGCGCCUUCACGCGCAACAUCAUCAAAUAUGACCUGAAGCAGCGCUACGUGGCCGCCUGGGCCAUGCUGCACGACGUGGCCUAUGAGGAGUCCACCCCGUGGCGGUGGAGAGGCCAUUCAGACAUAGACUUCGCGGUGGACGAGAACGGGCUGUGGGUCAUCUACCCAGCCAUCAGCUACGAGGGCUUCAGCCAGGAGGUGAUCGUGCUGAGCAAGCUGAAUGCCGCUGACCUGAGCACCCAGAAGGAGACCACGUGGAGGACAGGGCUGCGGAAGAACUUCUACGGGAACUGCUUUGUCAUCUGUGGGGUCCUGUACGCAGUCGACAGCUACAACAAGAGGAAUGCCAACAUCUCCUACGCCUUUGACACGCACACCAACACGCAGAUCAUCCCCCGGCUGCUCUUUGAGAACGAGUAUGCCUACACCACCCAGAUAGACUACAACCCCAAGGACCGCCUGCUCUAUGCCUGGGACAAUGGGCACCAAGUCACCUACCACGUCAUCUUUGCCUACUGAGACCCUCUGCCACAGCGGGGCACUGCAAGCCAGGGGCCGCCAGCACCUUUUGUUGUUAUUGUUAUUGUUAUUAUUGUUAUUUUGUACAAAUCAAAGAGUAAAUGAUGGGUUUUGUUUCAAGCUGGUUUGUUACGGUGGAUUGUAGAUCGAUCCCCCAGGCCAGAAGCACCCCCUUUGACUUUGCUGUAAUCUUGCUUCUGAUUUUCCUUCGAGCGUGGAGGAAGUCCUCCUUUGGGAGGGGAGACCCAGAUCUCCUGCCUAGGGAGGAGGUGGCCCAGACUUGGUCCUCCUGAUGAAGUUUCUAGCUGAAGAUGAUGAGCAAGAGGCCCAAAAGCAGUGUGUCGCUGGCCUUUCUGCUGCAGGCACCUGGACCCAGAGGGACAGGAAAUGGAAGAGCUGCGUGUCCCAUCUCACAGGAACAUCUUCCCAGCCACUGGCCAGCAGGCCCUCUGGAGAUCCUGCUGUACAAUGGGGUUGCAAGUGCAGCUCCAGCAACCUCUGGUGCUGGCACUUAUGCUGAGGACUGUCCCCUCCAGCCGGGGCUCUGUCCUUUGCCACCUGCUCUGGGGAGCUGGGCACACUCUGAGCCCUGUCUCACAUCUGGAGUGAGCUGGUGGUGGGAGGGCGACUCUGUAAAUACCUGUAGAUGGCUUCAUUUGUUCUUUUUGUAACCCCAAACUGGUCCUCUUCGGCAUUUGCUGGGUGAAGGCUCUGCUUGGCCAGGUGCUGGGCUGCCUGAGCUGGGAGCCAUAGGGCUGAGGGAUUCCUCAGAUCUGAGGAGGUUCUUGCUUCCCAUCCCACUGAUGCUCCAUCUGCUGCAGGGUCUUAGCUCAUGUCCCCUCCUGCUGCCAUACUUGCCCUGGUCCCAGUUGUUGGCCAUUAGUAGCCCCUUGUAGAGACACAGCCCCUGCCUGUCUGCCCAGCAGCAUCUUGUAUUUACCUGCUGUCAGUAAUAAAAGAUCAAGUACCUUU